UUUAACACUUCCUGUUGAAAUAUUGCAGAGAAACACGAGUUCUCAAAAACAUUUUGUUAAAAUCGAGAUGGCAGAGAUUGACUUGAGCGAUGCUGAGAAAAUAUAUAUUAUACACGGCGUACAAGACAACUGUCGAGAAGAUGGGAGGGGAUGUGAAGAUUACAGACACAUUGAAUUAGAAACUGGACUGCUCUCCAAUACAACAGGAUCUGCACGUGUCAGGCUGGCAAAUACGGAUAUUCUUGCUGGAGUUAAAGCUGAACUUGAUAAACCUUCACCAGAUAAACCAAAUAAAGGGAGGCUGGAGUUUUUUGUUGACUGUUCAGCUAAUGCCACCCCUGUGUUUGAAGGAAGAGGGGGCGAGGAAUUGGCAGCGGAAAUUGGGAACAUUCUGACCAGAACCUAUGAUUGUCCUAGCUGCUUUGAUUUGGAAGCAUUGUGCAUCAUUCCCGAGGAGCAGUGCUGGGUUUUAUAUGUUGAUGUUCUUUUGCUAGAAUGUGGAGGAAACUUGUUUGAUGUUGCAUCAGUUGCAGUAAAGGCAGCCCUUUACAACACAAAAAUUCCCAAAGUGACAGUCAGUAGAGAUGAAGGUCUGGUGGAACUGGAUAUUUCUGAUGAUCCUUAUGAUGUACAGAGGGUUGAAAUCCAAUCAUCUCCAUGCAUUGUCACAGUUUGUAAGAUUGGACACUCGCAUAUCGUUGAUGCCAGUCUAAAGGAAGAAGCUUGUUGUUUAGCCAGAUUAACAAUGGGUGUGACAGAGAAGGGGACAGUGACAGGACUGAGGAAAGACGGGAGUGGAAGUCUAGACCCCGCCAGUGUGGAGGAUAUGAUGCAGACAGGAAAAAGAGUUGGUGAACUCCUAAAUAAAAGCUUGAUGGAAUCACUUUUGAAGAAGGAAAGACAGGGCUCCAAGAGAAAACCUGUUGGAUUUCUGAAAUAGAAGCCUGAAAAAGUAUGAAUAGAGAUGAUAUAUAACAUCACAGGUAACAGUGAUUUUGAACAUUAACAAAGUGAUCUUCAAGGUCUACGGUGGAGAAAGCUUUUCAAGGACACAAGUGUGCUGCUUAUUCAGAAUGCAGUCAGAAAGUGGAAUAUGAUGAAACAGGCAAAUCAUGACAAUAAUAAGUGCAUAUUAUAUAAUGCAUGUGUAUAUAAGUAGUAUAACAUCAAAUUGUGUAAAUGAAGGGGCUUGUUGAUGCAAUAAUAUGUUAUAUCAAUUGUUAUUUUUAUUAUUUUAUCAUGGAAUAAAUUGAAAAUA